AUGAUCGUGGUGUUCGGGAUGGAGUACGUCAUCCGCGUCUGGGCCGCCGGCUGCUGCUGCCGCUACCGGGGCUGGAGGGGGCGAUUCCGCUUCGCCAGGAAACCCUUCUGCGUGAUAGAUUUCAUCGUCUUCAUCGCCUCGGUGGCCGUCAUCGCCGCCGGCACCCAGGGCAACAUCUUCGCCACCUCUGCGCUGCGCAGCAUGCGCUUCCUGCAGAUCCUGCGCAUGGUGCGCAUGGACCGGCGCGGCGGCACCUGGAAGCUGCUGGGCUCCGUCGUCUAUGCCCACAGCAAGGAGCUCAUCACCGCCUGGUACAUCGGCUUCCUGGUGCUCAUCUUCGCCUCCUUCCUCGUCUACCUGGCUGAGAAGGACGCCAAUGCCCAAUUUGCCACCUACGCCGACUCCCUCUGGUGGGGCACGGUGACCCUCACCACCAUCGGCUACGGGGACAAGACGCCGCAGACGUGGCUGGGGAGGAUGCUGGCAGCCGGCUUCGCCCUGCUGGGCAUCUCCUUCUUCGCGCUGCCUGCUGGGAUCCUGGGCUCUGGUUUUGCCCUCAAAGUGCAGGAGCAACAUCGGCAGAAGCACUUUGAGAAGAGACGGACCCCGGCGGCGAACCUGAUCCAGGCUGCCUGGCGCCUGUACUCCACGGAUGCCAGCCGGGCGUACCUGACGGCCACCUGGUGUUACUACGACAGCCUCCUGCCCUCCCUCAGAGAGCUGGUCCUAAUGUUUGAGCAUUUGCACCGGGUCCGCAACGGAGGAUUUAGGAAUUCAGAGGUGAAAAAAUUGCCCGACGGAGCCCCACCACCUUAUCACUCCUUCACCCCUGGCCAGAAAAGCCUCAGCCCUGCCGCUUGCUCGGGGGAAAGCAACAAGAUGGGCAUCAAGGACCGCAUCCGGCUGAGCAACUCACAGCGGCUGGGGGGCCGGGGCAGGCAGCACCUGGGGCCCCCCCUGCACCGCUCCCCCAGCACCGAGGAUGUCCCCGAGGCCACCAGCCCCACCAAGGUGCAGAAGAGCUGGAGCUUCAAUGACCGGACCCGCUUCCGUGCGUCCCUGAGGCUCAAGCCGCGGACCCCGGUUGAGGCUGACUGCCCGCCUGAGGACAGCGGUGAGGAGAAGGGCUCCCACUGCGACCUGACCUUUGAGGACAUCAUGCCAGCAGUGAAGACCCUCAUCCGGGCUGUCAGGAUCCUGAAGUUCCUGGUGGCCAAGAGGAAGUUCAAGGAGACCUUGCGUCCUUAUGAUGUCAAGGAUGUCAUCGAGCAGUACUCGGCCGGUCACCUGGACAUGCUGGGCAGGAUCAAGAGCCUGCAGAUGCGCGUGGACCAGAUCGUGGGCAGGGGGGCCCUCACUGCGGACAAGAAGACGCGGGAGAAGGGGGAGAAGCUGGCGCUGGAGACGGAGCUGGUGGAUGAGCUCAGCAUGAUGGGGCGCGUGGUCAAAGUGGAGAGGCAGGUGCAGUCCAUAGAGCAGAAGCUGGACCUGCUGCUCGGCAUCUACUCCCAGUGCCUCCGCAAGGGCUCCGUGAACUCCUUCAGCCUGGCCGCCGUGCAGGUGCCCCCCGGUGAGCCAGACAUCACCUCCGACUACCACAGCCCCGUGGACCACGAGGACAUCUCGGUCUCUGCCCAGACCCUCAACAUCUCCAGGUCGGCCAGCACCAACAUGGACUGAGCGGGGAGGCAGCAGGACGGAUCCUGCCCGUGUGCAGCCAGUGGGACGGGGUGCUGGGACACGGGAGCAGCCUGGCAUCGCCUGGUCCCCCCUGUCC